AUGUCAGCGAUUGUAUCUGAUGACGAUGAAUUGAUAAAUGGAUUAGGGUCCGAGGUAGUAAUCACAAAGCCGGUUCCUGGAAACCACAUGGCAAGGACCAGGAAAAGAUGGUCUAGUGGCUCUACAGAAAAAAGGCCUAAGGUUAUUAAUAAACUCAUCGAUGGGGUUCAUACUGAUGUUGCUAAGGAUUAUAUUUCCCCGGGCCAAUUAUAUUCGACAGAAUCAGGACGUUUGUUCCAUGCCGGUAAGAUACUUAUUGUGUUAGUAGGCCUCCCAGCUACCUCCAAAACGUUGUUGUCGGUUGCUAUUACUAGAUAUACUAGAUGGUUAGGGGUUCGUACAAGGUCUUUCCAUGUCUCGGAGUAUAGAAGAGAGAAGAUUAGAGCUGAAAAGGGGGAGGUACCCGAUGAUUACUUCUCCGCAAAACCGACCUCCAAGGAAGGAAUUCAGUACAGGAAAGAGAUAUUAAGUAAGAUGAUUCAAGAUAUGACUGAAUUUUUCGACGAGAAGAAGGGCCAGUUGGCUGUUUAUGAUGCUCUGAAUAUUUUGAAAGAUGAUAGGUCAUCUAUAGAACAAGCUUUUGGUAAGUUACACAUCAAAGUUCUAUUUAUCGAAUCAGUGGUGACAGACCCAGUCUUACAAAAGAGGAACGUCGAUUUGGCUAUAAAAUCCGAAGACUAUAAAGGGUGGGUCCUUAAGAGGGCUGAAGAAGAUUAUAUGGAAAGACUCCAAGCCAAUAAAUAUUUGUAUCAAGAAAUGAGCCCAGAAGAAAAGUUGAGCUACGUUAAGUAUAUCAACUUCGGUGAGAAGUUGACCGUGAACAAUAAUAACUAUGGCUAUUUGAUUAACAAGAUUGUCUUCUUCUUAAUGAACCUUCGUGAUAAGAGAGGCUGUGUCUAUUUCGCUCGUUGUGGAACAAGUGUUAAAGAUAAGUACAUCGACGAUGAAGAGUUAAACGGAGAAGGCUUGGAAUAUUCCAGAAUAUUGACAGACCUUGUAUUGGACUUGGUCAACAGAAGAAGACUUAACGCUAAUGAUGACGGAGCAGACGUUCCAAGGACACCGUCUCUGGUCUCCCUAAAUGAAAGAUCAAAAUCACCGUUGAUUGCUACGAGUGCAUCAUUGAAACGGACUGAAUCAACUGGUAACGCUAUGUAUAGGCAACCUGCUAGUGGGGAUGGUGUUGAUGACGACUCCUUCGUGGUGUGGACGGCACCAAGGAAGAGAACGUACGAUACGGCAAAAUACUUUGCUGAUCUGGGCAUUACUGUAAGGCAGAGAAAUCAAUUGCAACAACUACAUCCAGGUGUUGUUGCUGACAUGACUGAUGAAGAAAUCAGAGAAAAGUUCCCAAGCGAAUAUGAAGAAUACUUAAGGGAUCCAUACCAUUUCAGAUUUUCAAGAGCUGAAUCAUAUCAUGAUCUUGCUGUGAGAAUGGAGCCACUUCUACUUGAGAUGGAAAGAAUGUGCGGUGAUAUUCUUAUCAUUGGUCAUGAAUCUACUUUAAGGGUGUUAUACGGUUAUUUGAUGGCUUUUUCCUGUUCUGAGAUACCAAGACUAACGUUCACCCGUGAUGAAUUGAUUGAAAUCUCAUUCGGACCAUUCGAAAAUAAAGUGAACAGGAUUCCAAUUGUGAUGGAUUAA